AUGAACUCUGCAUCAACUCUGCUUUCAUGUGCCAUCGUGUUCACAAUCGUCGCCCGAACUCUCGCCACCACUGACUCCGCCUACCCCUCCCCCUACGGUGUUGAAACAACCACGACCGCCUGUAACCCCUACGCCAUCGCCGACGAUGGUCUUGUACCUGUUCGUAAAGAAGUAUACGAUAAAGGUCGAAUCUUCGAUAUCAGUCAUCGGUAUCACCCGAAUAUGCCAUCUUGGGAAUCGGAAGACGGUGUCGGCCAGUUCUUGUGGCUUCCGAAGAGUAUGAAGAAUGGAUCACUCGCGAAUAAUUCGGAGAUGAAGCUUCCGACUCACACCGGCACUCACGUUGACGCGCCGGGCCAUGUUUUCGAUCACUACUUCGACGCCGGCUUCGAUGUCGAUACUCUCGACCUUGAAGUACUCAACGGUGCUGCGUUGUUAGUUGAUGUUCCAAGGGACAAGAAUAUAACUGCUGAAGUUAUGAAGUCUUUGAGUAUACCCAAGGGAGUGAGGCGUGUUCUUUUCAGAACAUUAAACACUGACAGGCGUCUCAUGUAUACAAAGGAGUUUGACACAAGCUAUGUUGGAUUCAUGAAGGAUGGGGCACAGUGGCUGGUGGAUAACACUGACGUCAAACUUGUAGGGAUUGAUUACUUAUCUGUUGCCGCAUUUGCUGAUUUGAUCCCAGCUCAUCUUGUCUUUCUAGAAGGCCGGGAAAUCAUUCUUGUGGAAGGCCUGAAACUUGAUGACAUCCAACCAGGAGUAUACACUGUCCAUUGCUUACCUCUAAGGUUGCUUGGUGCUGAGGGAUCACCUAUAAGAUGCAUCCUUAUUAAGUGAUAUUUUCCUUGUGUAAAUGAUGACUUCAUGAGGUUUUGUGUGGAAUAACUUGUUUUAAAGGCUUGCUCGUAGACUUAUUGUGCCUCGUAGCUGUUCUGUACAGGUGCUCACAUAAAUCAAACCCGUGGAUAGGCGCAUUCUCCACAACAGUGGAAAUACUUGUUUGGCACAGUUAUUUAAAUAUCGUGGUUAGACACUUUUUUUUCUUCUAAACAUUGUAGGUAGAUUGAUGAAUGUGUGAUCUAUUGCCAGCAACCUCUCUCUUCAUACUUUUUCUCUACAUAAAUUGAACAAAGAAAACCUCUAUGUAUUCUGGUGGAAUUGUGUAUAGUAGUGUUUUGCUAAGGUGCCACGUAUUGGCAAAUGGCUUGUAGGCCAACCGUUCUCAUUCUGGCCGUUUUUAGUUGAUGGUGCUCGAAAUUACCGGACUUGGGUUGCAAUCGGGUGAGGCCCAAUGUGUGUGUGAUCGCUUAAGUGGGUGUGCGUGGGAGUGUAUGUUGUAAAUGAACAAUGGGGAGAAGACAUGAGUUAAGUGGUUCGACUUGCCAAAAGACUAAGGUUACGUCCACUGUAAGGAAAACUCUUGCUCUUUGGGGUAUUGUAUUACUUGGGAAGAUGGAGACGGUUAUAAGGAGUGAGGCUUGAAGCCGCUACAAGAUAUCACUUGACUCUCUCUCACUUGCUUACGGGGUAUUCUUUUACGUCCACUGUAGCACUCCCAGUUAUUUAUACUAUUGAUAGCUAAGGUUUCACAUUCGUCCUUCUUAGUUGAACCUGUGGCCCCCUUUGUAUCCGUUUCC